CAAGAUCUUUCCAGUUGGUUCCCUGGUUUAUUGCUCAAAACCGACAAUAAAAAAAUUUUCGACUAUGAUACUGCCACUUUCCUCUCAACUUCGAAAAAAAGCGAUGAUUUGGCACAUCAAGAUUUUGUCCGUCAAAUUGAGGAGGUAACUUCUUAGUCUUUUCGGCUAUCUGUUAGGAUAAUCAAGCUUAUGACUUGGUGGUCAACGGAAUACGAUCGCUUAAAGAAGCUAUGGAUUCAGCGAAGCUUCCAAGACACGAACAAGCAAAGCUCGUUAAUGAUUACAGGCUCUUGAUAGAUCAGGAUAAAAUUUCCUCAAAAUUUUCAAGUUCAACUGGGAUGUCGGUUGAAGAUAUUGGCCUUUUGAGUAAACAGGAUAUCUUUCUUCAUGGGAAACCAAUUACACAGGCACAUGGGAUAACAGGUGCCACUCAAAGCGCUGAAUCCGAAGACGUUUCAAAGCACGUGUCUAAAGAAGGCACACAUAAUCUGACGAAACAAGCAGAACAGUCUAAAACCAGUUGGAAGAUGCGAUGCAAACCACGUAUUUCUGAGCAGAUGGCUCUUAAGGAAGAGUUGAAGAGGAUGCAAUCCACGCAAAACUAUCCGAAAAAUCCACGAUACAAAGAACAAACUUCUGUGGAAGCAACAAAAGAUUCGUUUGUGGCAGAUCCGAAAGCAUUGUGCUUUACGAGUUACUGUGUGGGGGCCUUGUACAAG